GUUCGACUACUGGCAUCGUGGGCGUGCAACGUAAGCAGGGCGCGGAUUAUCGUCCAAGAUACCAAAAAUAAAGUCUUUGGCCCAUCCAGCGCUAGAAAAGUUUCAUCUCCGCCCGUCCAGCCCACGCGGCUUUUCUGAGGUGCUGGACUGAUCUCCUGCGACCUGGCACUCUGCACCUUUUGUUCCCAGCGAAACCCAAGACGGCAACGACCACGAUUAGGACCACCUCGGUGGCCCUCGGGCUAUCACAGGCCACGGCCACUCCUCCCAGCAUCAUGCUCAAGAGCGUCUCGCUCACCCGCCGCCCACCAUGUUCUCCAACGCGCUGAAGUCCAUCUCGUCAACCAACAUCACCGCAAACUACUCCAUCUCCCAGACCUCAACCUCGACGGCCGGCCCGUGGAAGAUCUAUGACGCCAAGAAGAAGUCGACGGGCAAGCCAUACUCCGUCUUCGUCUUUGAGCGCAAGUCGCUCGACGCCCAUGGCAGCUCCUUGGGCCGCUCCGGCGCCGCCGCCUUCAAGCGCGUCGCCGAGGAGGUGGUCGAGCGUCUGCGCAAGGAGGCCUCGGCCCUGGCCCGCCUGCGCCACCCCAGCGUCCUCGAGCUGGUCGAGCCCGUCGAAGACACGCGCGGCGGCGGCCUGCAGUUCGUCACCGAGGCCGUGACCGCCUCCCUGGCCAGCCUGCUGCAGGAGAGGGACGACCAGGAGCGCGCCGGCGGCCGCGCCAGCCGCUACGUCACCGAGGACGCCGACGGCACCCGCCGCCGCCGCGAGAUCGAGCUCGACGAGCUCGAGAUCCAGAAGGGCCUGCUCCAGACCAGCAAGGCCCUCGAGUUCCUGCACGAGAACGCCGGCCUGAUCCACGGCAACCUCACCCCCGACGCCAUCCUCGUCAACGCAAAGUCGGACUGGAAGAUCAGCGGCCUGGCCUUCUGCGGCCCGGCCGACGGCUCGACCAAGCCCACGUCCUUCCAGCCCAUCAGCCUGCACGAGGUCCUGAACCCGGACCCGCGUCUGCCGCGCUCCGUCCAGAUCAACCUCGACUACACCUCCCCCGACUUCGUCAUGGACAGCAACCUGACCAGCUCGGCCGACAUGUUCUCGCUCGGCGUCCUCUGCGUCGCCCUCUACAACUCGCCCCACCGCUCGCCCAUCGAGACCAACUCGAGCAUAUCCAGCUACAAGAGGACCUUCUCGUCCUCGGCCACGGCCCCGUCGGUCAACAACAACUUCCUCUCCUCACGGCCCCUGCCCAGGGAGCUGGCCCACCAGGUGCUGCCGCGCCUCAUCACGCGCCGGCCCGCCCAGCGCAUGACGGCCAAGGAGUUCCAGAUGAGCGAGUUCUUCGACAAUAUCCUCGUCUCUACCAUCCGCUUCCUCGACUCGUUCCCGGCCAAGACGCCCAACGAGAAGGCCCAGUUCAUGCGCGGGCUCAACAAGGUCCUGCCCUCGUUCCCCAAGUCGGUCAUGGAGAGGAAGAUCCUGCCGGCCCUGCUGGAGGAGCUUAAGGACAGGGAUCUCGUCUCGUUGAUCCUGCAGAACGUGUGCAAGAUCGUGGAUCUCUUGCCCUCAGGCAGGCGCGCCUUUGGGGACAAGGUGCGGGCGCAGCUCAAGGAGCUGUUUGUAACAAACGUCAAGAAUGCCCAGGAGAAGGACCCGGCCAGAGAUGCUGGCUUGAUGGUUGUGCUCGAGAAUCUGGCAUCCAUCACCAACAACUGCGGAGGCAAAGAGUUCAAGGAUGACGUUCUGCCCAUAAUUGGAACGGCGCUCGAGUCUCCCACGCCGUCUGUCGUUGAUGCCGCGCUACGCUCGUUGCCUGUGAUUCUACCGGUGCUUGACUUCAGCACCAUAAAGAACGAGCUCUUCCCAGUCAUCGCCGCCAUCUUUAGCCGGACAAACAGCCUUGCCAUCAAGGUCAGGGGCCUGCAGGCCUUUGUGAUUCUGUGCGGUGGGUCCAACGACCCCGCCGCCGACGACGGUCUUGACGGGCUGAACGACGGCAAGAAGAAGGCGUCGUCCAGCGCGCUGGACAAGUACACGAUGCAGGAGAAGAUUGUGCCGUUGAUCAAAGUGAUCAAGACCAAGGAGCCGGCCGUGAUGAUAGCGGCGCUCAAUGUGCUCCGCGUGGUUGGCCAGGUUGCCGACGCCGACUUUGUCGCGAUGGAGCUCCUGCCCAUGCUAUGGAGCAUGAGCCUCGGUCCACUGCUCGACCUGAAGCAGUUCCAGACUUUCAUGGAGCUCAUCAGAUUUCUCUCCAAGCGCGUCGAGGAAGAGCAGACUAAGAAGCUGCAGGAAUUAUCGGGCAGCACCAACGGUGCUAUAGCCGGGCCCAGCGACGACUUCAUGUCUUUUGGUGGCGUCACCGGGACGCAGUUUGACGCCACCACCAAUGGGGGCGGCGAAGACGACUUCGAGUCCCUGGUCAAGGGCAAGCCGUCGUCGUCUACGACAAACCCAAUGGACAGCUGGGGCGAAGGCUCUGGCCCGGCUUCCAACGUGACGUCCCCGGGCAUGAAGCCCUCGGCCCCAACUCCCAGCGCCCCAACAUUCUCAUGGUCGACCACUUCAGCCUCGACGCCAGCAGCCCCCAGCAACGUCAGUGCCGUGAAGGCGCAACCCGGGUUCAGGACCGUAACGCCCGACCUCGGCGGCUUCCAGUCGCUCACCCCGUCCAGCUCGCAGUUCUCGCAGCCGCUGCAGCCCUCGGCGGGCAGCGCAGCAAAACCAUCGUCGGCCUUUGCCCCGCCGCCCGCGCCCCUCCCGGCGUCCUCGAGCCCAUGGGGGUCGUCGGGCACCGCCAUCUCGCCACCGCCGGCGUCGUCCUCCCUGGGAGGCGCGAGCCUGAACUCUUCCAUGUCCUCCAUGUCACUGAACCAGCUGCGGCCGGGCGGUGUGGCGCAGCAGCAGCAGCAGCAGCGAGCCACGUCCUUCUCCCUGUCGCCUCCACCGGCGGCCAGCACCGGUGGCGGGGUAGCGUCAGGGCUGUCCGGCUUCAGCCUGGCACCACCCCCUGCGGCGCCGCAGGCCCAGGCCCAGCCAGCGCACAGGUACGGGAUGGGGCUUUCAUCUUCCGGCGCAAGCUCCGGGAUGGGCGCCGGGACGGGCAUGGGCAUGGGAAUGGGAAUGAGCAUGGCCGCCAACAAUAGUAUGAACACCAUGGCCAACAGCAUGGGCAGGCCCGGAGGAGGGAUGGGCAUGGGCAUGAACAUGAACAUGAAUAUGGGGAUGGGCAUGAUGAGCCAGCAGCAACAGCAGCCAUCACAGCCGCAACAGCGGGCUUCAAAAUCCGGGUUAGACAAGUUUGAGAGCUUGUUGUAAAAGGGAGAGCCGGCGUCUACAUAUAGGGGGGAAAUCCCAUAACAAUCUUUGCCUGUAGUAUAGAAUUUUGGCUUUCCUUUUCUAUUCCUGUUUAGUUUUGGUAGAGCGACACAUGUCAAUGCAGGCGGCAAACUAGGACGGAGGUCGAGUGUUUAUAGCGCAUAGAGGACGGUUCUUCAGCUGCUUUCCCCGCCACCACCUCGGCGUUUUUUUUUUAGGUAGCGCGUGGCCGGCUCCGUGUGAACCUUUUUUUUUUUUGUUUGGCCCAUUGGCGAUACGAACAUUGUUUUCGAAGAGAACGGACCGAGAAACCCGUGGUUCUGGAUCAAAAUAAUAUUGCGACAUAAAGAAGAAGAAAACACGACAGGAUACAAACAGGUGUCUCGGGGACCCGGGGAAAAGGACAAAACAAGUGACAACCAUGGGGACUGCUUAGUGAUGGAAGAUACCGGUGACUGAUCUUCAAACAAGGCAAGCUUCUAAAAACUAUACAGAGAAUAAACCCUGGAGCGAAAAACAGCCGGGUGUAAGGAGAAGCAAAAGAAAUAACAAAAACAAACUGCCGCGGUUACCUAGUUGACCUCUUGACAAUGCAGCCAACCUCCAAAAUGAAGCAUAUGCAUAUGUAGCACAGAAAAAAAUAACAAAAAUAAAGAUAAACCCAGGUUGAAAACG